CGUAUUUGAAUCAAAAGAGUCUUACAUCAAGCAAAGAUCGAUACAUUUUUCUUUACUGCUACGUGGGAUCCUUGUAUUCGCUGCGAUAUCAUGCCUUCUUGCUGGAACCGAACUGUCUUCAGCUCCAGUAUGCUUUGGGCACUUCGGUAUAAAAGAUGAAUCGUGUAUGAGGGUUGACCAUUCAUCACUUUGACCUUCUGUGUUGAUUGUUGCUGCCACUACUGCCAUGUUAUUCCACUCCAUCACUAUACUCGCUUGCGCCCUUGGCAUUACUGCUUAUGCUGCUGCCUCACCCACAGCUUCCGUAGAUGCUUUGGAUCAACUUGAUGGCUUGAUGGUCAGAGUUGACGUCGACGCCAGAGACGUUCUAGAUGAUGUCAAUCUCAGCCAAAAGCGCGAUAAUGAUACCUUGCUUGGCGUUGAUGUUGUCGUCAGUAACGUUCUGAACAAUGUUAGCGUAGGUGUCUUGAGUCAGUAAAUGACGCUUGUUUCACCCGACGGGCCAUGAAACGCCAGAUUUCUACUGUGCUUGGAUUUCAGACUGCUACCAUGGGUUUGUCAAGUCAAUGUAAUCAUAGUUGUAUACAAGUGCCGCUAUAGCCUAUAACAAUUGCGUAUGCCUUCUGUCGCC